GGACUUUGCUCCAAGAUGACCAAAAAAAGGAGAAACAACGGUCGUGUCAAAAAGGGCCGCGGCCAUGUGCAGCCAAUUCGCUGCACUAACUGCGCCCACUGUGUGCUCAAGGACAAGGCCAUUAAGAAGUUCGUCAUUCGGAACAUCGUCGAGGCGGCUGCCGUCAGGGACAUAUCCGAAGCAAGUGUCUUCGACGCUUAUGUGCUCCCCAAACUCUAUGUCAAGCUGCAUUACUGUGUGAGCUGUGCUAUUCAUAGCAAGGUGGUCAGGAAUCGAUCUCGGGAAGCUCGGAAGGACCGAACACCCCCACCACGAUUUAGACCUGCUGGUGCUGCACCACGACCCCCACCAAAGCCCAUGUAAAGUGGCUUCGUAGAGACAGAAGAAAACACCUUGGAAAAAUAAAAUGGGACUUAGACUUUA